AUGGAAAAAACAAAAAUUGAGGCCCUCUUCAUCUACGAUGAGGAUGUGAAAAAGGCCGACAAGUCCGUCACGGAUGAAGAGCUACAGGCAGAGAAGGUGAUCUACUACUACCCAGCCGAAACGGACGAACAAGUGAAAGUGACGCACACGAGCACCAUGGAAGGGGUCUCCGCCUUCCUCUCCCAAUUCAGCAGAUCCCACAUGGAGCAUAUAAUAACAAAGGAAAAUUUAAUUGUCAUCAACAAAUGGUAUAAGCAUGUAUUCGUAACGAUCGUCGUGAAGAACGUUUAUAAGAAUGAAAAAAUGGAACUCCUCAUGUGCAAGUUGCUACACUCCGUUUUAGAAAACUUCAUCUCGACCUUCACCCUACUGCACGGACACAUCCGGACCUUCCUCAAGUAUAAGAAGAACAAAACGGCAGGUGAGACAACCAGCAGGGAGGGAAGCACACAAAAUGGAUUUAACGUUGAGCGGUUGUUUGGGCAGUCCUCCUCCCCCCCCCCUUGUUUAUUUUUAUGCCACCUUGCAAUGGAGGGAGUUACACAAAUUCAUCUCUCUUCCUCCGUUGGGCUGACCAUCUGGUGA